UCAAGCAACUGUUGUUAACAAAAAUUCAACACAAAUUAUUAUUUUUUCCAGAUUUCGUUACGAUCCAAUCUCAAAUCUCAAUAAUCUACACAAAACAGAUUUGCAUUUUGCAUUGUGAGAUCGGACGAAAAUGGGGUUUUUGGUGACAACGCUAAUUUUCGUGGUAGUGGGUGUUAUUGCGUCUCUAUGUGCCAGAAUUUGCUGCAACAGAGGGCCUUCUACUAAUCUAUUACACAUGACAUUGAUCAUCACCGCUACAGUAUGCUGUUGGAUGAUGUGGGCAAUCGUGUACCUUGCGCAGUUGAAACCACUCAUCGUUCCAGUUUUGAGUGAAGGAGAAUAAAAUGCUCUCGGAAGCUCUCUUCGUGUAUUCUUUUGUGGAUUAUUUGAGUGAAAGGAAAACACUUAUGGCAUGGUGAAGUCACAUUUGUAACACUAUUUAUGUACUGGACAUUGAUGCAAGACAAAUUUGAUUUCAUUUUUUUUGUAUAAUGUUCACAACUUAUUUUCUAGUUCUA